GCACGGGAAGAAUAGCUGCUGUGUGCCGUACGGGCGAGAAGAGAAAGAUGGGCGAUCAUUCUGAUAGGUCGUUAUUGUUGACAACAACGUGUGUUUUGUGAGUCCAGGUUGAGAGAGAGAGAGAGAGAGAGAGAGAGAGAGAGAGAGAGAGAGAGAGAGAGAGAGAGAGAGAGAGAGAGAGAGAGAGAGAAGGUGGGGAGGGGAGGGCGGUUAGAAAGAGAGAGUAGAGUAGAAAGUUCAAAGUGGACAGGAUUUUUGUCUGGCAUAUUAUGUAUAUCUAUACCUACUAGAUCUAGCAGCUGUAUAUGUGUGCAAAUGUGUAUAAUAUUGUGUACUAUUACUACUAUAUAUAAAGUUAUAUGUAUACACUUGAGCAGCGGCUGAGCGGGUAAAUAACAAAAUUACACAGUUGAGUGCUGGUUGUUGCUGCAAAGAGGAGGAAUACUAGCAUUAGUAGCGUAUAAUUGUACUGACAGGCAGACAAGAUGUUUUCCCGUGGUCGAUCCUCGAAGAAGGCCCCCAAGCCCUCGCCCCCAGCGGCUCCACCUCCAUCACCUCCAUCAGUCCCAGCAGUGGACCCCCCAGUCCCAGCGGCCCUGUCAGACCCAGUGGUCGAGCCAGUCCCAUCGGCCCCGUUGGCUGCGGGAGGUCCCACAUCGGAGCCCCAGGACUUGGGAAUGGAGGGCCCAAGCAGUGCAGAGGUUCUGAGCCCCUGGCCUUCCCAGGACCAUCAUGGACCCCAUUCAUCUCCCUCCUUCGGCAUGUCUAUGGACUCCCAUUUCGGCCACUCGCGGACCCCAAGCAUGGAGAACAUGAUCGUGUUGGGCAGUUACUCAAAGAACAGUCUUGAGGUGUCAGAGUCUGUGGGCGCAGACGACAGACGCUAUGGUGGACGCAAAGUCCAGGAGAAGUGUAACGUGUGUCGAGAGUGGGUGGGGAGGGACGAAAAGGGUGACGCUUUUGUGCCAUGCGAAUGUGCUUUUCCAAUUUGCCGGGGGUGCUACGAGUACAUCCGAGAGUAUGAAGAGGGGUUGUGCCCCCAGUGUCGAGAGCCUUACAAGCGUAUGAAGGGUAGCCCCACGGUCAGCUCAGACCCCCCUGAAGCUCAGGAUGUAGGGGGCGAUGACGGCAUUUUUCAGCCCCUGGGAAAGGCCGACAAGCGGACGACGGUGCCAAAGAAAAAGACCCCAGUCCUGACCACCGCCCGGUCAAUGAAAGUGAUGAUCGAAGGGCCCCCAGAGGGGGACCCCGGUGACGCCAAGUCGAUGAUGGAUGGGGUAAGGGAGAGAAACAUGUCGGUGGUGCCGGUACCUCCAAAGACCGGCCAUGGACUCGAUCCCGUGACCUCCGCUCUGCUUUCUAUCCAGAUCCUUGAUCCCACAAAGAACAUGGACGACUACGGUUAUGGGAGCAUUUCGUGGGCGGAUGGCAAUGUUGUUAAAUCGGUUGCAAGAGCUGCAGGAGGAGGAGGAGGACAGGGGGCUGAAGGUGGGGUUAAAUAUGGGGGGAAGAACAUAUCUGUAGAUGACACUCGUCGUCCUCUAGCACGUGUUAUUCCCAUCUCAGGAAACUCUAUCAAUCCUUACCGGUUAACCAUUCUCGUGCGCUUUGUUGUGCUCUGUCUGUUUCUCAAGUGGCGUGUGCAAAACCCCAACAAUGGGGCCUUCGUCCUCUGGCUCCUUUCUGUCGUUUGCGAGAUCUGGUUUGGCAUUUCCUGGAUCCUCGAUCAGGCCCCCAAAUGGGCCCCCAUCACGCGAGAGACCUAUCUCGAUCGCUUAAGCUUGAGGUACGAGAGGCCCGGCGAGCCAAACAAGCUACUUCCUGUUGAUAUCUUCAUCACCACUGCAGAUGCUGAGAAGGAGCCCCCCCUUGUCACAGCUAAUGUCGUCUUGUCCGUCUUGGCUAUGGAUUACCCUGUGGAUAAGAUUGCGUGCUAUGUAUCGGAUGACGGAUCAUCAAUGUUGACUUUCGAGGCGUUGACCGAAACGGCAAGCUUUGCACGAGCUUGGGUCCCUUUCUGCAAGAAGCAUGAGAUUGAGCCCCGGGCACCGGAAAUGUACUUCCAGCUCAAGCUCGACUACACCAAGGGGAAAACCAAUACCGACUUCAUCAAGGAGCGGCGACACAUGAAGAGGGCCUACGAUGAAUUCAAGGUGCGAAUCAACGCUCUAGUUGCCAAGUCCAAGGAGCCACCAGAAGAUGGUUGGAAGAUGCAAGAUAACUCGCCAUGGCCCGGAAACGACAAGCGAGACCACGUGGGCAUGAUCCAGGUCUUCCUUCAACCUGAUGGAGACACCAAGGAUAUCAACGGGGACCCUCUGCCUCGGCUCGUGUACGUUUCUCGAGAGAAACGACCAGGGGUUAACCAUAACAAAAAGGCAGGUGCUAUGAAUGCUCUCAUUCGGACGAGUGCUCUGAUCACGAACGGGCCUUUCAUCCUCAAUCUUGAUUGCGAUCAUUACAUCAACAACGCCAAAGCCAUUCGCGAGGCUAUGUGUUUCCUGAUGGAUCCGAAGAAGGGAAGUCAGGUGUGCUAUGUCCAGUUCCCUCAGCGGUUCGAUGGUGUCGACAAGAACGAUCGCUAUGCGAACCACAACACUAUCUUUUUCGAUGUGAACAUGAAAGGGUUGGAUGGGGUGCAGGGUCCUAUGUACGUCGGCACAGGUUGUGUGUUUCGGAGGCAAGCGCUGUAUGGAUUCUGCCCUCCGCUGAGAGGCAACACACUGGACGACGAAGAGGAUGCCGUGUCCCGAGGAUGUUGUGCCUCCCUCUGCUGCUGCUGCUUCUGCUGUGGCCCGCGCAGUCGCAAGGCUGCACUGGAGCACAAACGCCUCGUCACUGCUGUUAUUGCCGGUCAGCAGGAGGAGGAGGGUAAUCAUCUGGUGCCGACACAAUGGCACACAAAGCGCUUUGGAAUGUGCCGGAACUUCGUUGCCACCGUUGGCGAUGCAGAGGGUAGCGUUCCUGACGUUGGAGCUUAUCAGGUUCUGAGCGAUGUGAUCCUCGUCAUUUCCUGUGGCUACGAGGAGAACACAGAGUGGGGAAAAACGGUCGGCUGGAUGUAUGGAUCGGUUACAGAAGACAUCGUCACUGGAUUGAUCAUGCAUGUGAACGGCUGGCAUUCUGUCUACUGCAUGCCAAAGAGGUCUGCAUUCAAGGGAUCUGCGCCAAUCAAUCUGACGGAUAGGCUGGGACAGGUGCUUCGGUGGGCCACGGGUUCGGUAGAAAUCUUCUUCUCGAAGCACAACCCGCUCUUCCACAACUACUUCAAAAGCCUCAAGGUUAUGCAAAGACUGGCCUACAUCAACACCGUCGUGUACCCGUUCACGUCCCUUGCGUUGCUUCUUUAUUGCUUCUUGCCGGCGUUCUGCCUCUUCACCAACCAGUUCAUCAUCAACGAAAUCACCGAGAUAGCGGUUCUGUACUUCUUAUUGCUGUUCAUCUCCAUUUUCCUGACUUCCAUUCUCGAAAUUCGGUGGAGCGGAGUGACACUGGAAGAAUGGUGGAGAAACGAGCAGUUCUGGGUCAUUGGAGGAACUAGUGCCCAUCUGGCAGCUGUCACACAGGGUUUGCUUAAGGUCAUCUUCAGAGUGGAUAUCUCCUUCACCCUGACACAGAAAGGGAACGACAACGACGACGACCCUUAUGCAGAGCUCUACGCCUUCCGCUGGACAUGGUUGAUGGUUCCUCCGACCACAAUUAUAAUGGUCAACAUCAUUUCGUGCUUCGCCGGAGUGUCUCGCGAAAUGUACAAGGACCGAGUCGAGCAGAACUGGGGUCGGCUCAUGGGAAUGGUCUUCUUCUCCUUCUGGGUGCUCUCCCAUCUUUACCCCUUCGCAAAGGGUUUGAUGGGAAAGACCAACAAGACACCGACGAUCGUCAUCGUCUGGUCUAUCUUGUUGGCCAUUGUUUUGUCGCUGCUUUGGGUCCAUGUUCUCUCGCCGCGAUUCUAAUCACACACUCUUGUCCUCCUCCUCCUCCUCCUCCUCCUCCUCCUCCAUAUGUCUCAAAAUACUGAUCGAUCCACCCACUCCGGCACACCUGGUCCACCAUGCUCGUGGCCGCUUCUUUAGAAAGAGCGGGAUGUUCUGCCUGGUUUUCUGCGCACUCCUGACAGAUCCCUGGCGGCCGUGAACAAGAAGGAGAAGAAGAAUAGGAAAACGUAUAGAGGGGUCAUGUGGGGAGCUGCUGCUGUGAAUAAUUGGCCUUGUGACAUGUUGUUGGGGUGCACUCGUUUCCACACACCAACGUUUCCCGCCAGUGUGAGGAUCCAGCAAGCAAGCACCUCGUGCGCCUGCCUCUGCAAUCCAUUACCACCAGUGCGAUGAAGAGGAGGUAUUCCACUGUUGGUGGCUGUAUGCUCUUCAUCCACCUGAUGAGUAUGAGGAUGCAGAUGAGCAGAUUGAUGAGGAUGAGAAUAAGGAAGAGGAUGACGAUGAGGAUAUUAAGGAUGAAGCCGCGGACUGCACAGACAGGCCGCUACAUUACAGGUGCUGAUUUUUCAGAAGAGAAGAGUGUUGCGUCGUCGGGAUCGUCUUUAUUGGUCCCAUUGCUGUCAUCCCCUCCUCAUGGAUUGCGUGCUGCUUUCGGAGGACAUGGGCACACGGUCAUUUCUCCUCCAUCGCUGGAGGAGAGUCAAGAAGCGCAGUGAUUUUCCAGAGUGAUAACACACGUCAGGAACCAGAUUACCUCCACCAGAGUCCAGACCAAGGUAACAUGACACUGCCUAGGGUUGUUGACCUACCGGUAGCCUGUGCAGAGGAUUUCCCUUUAUCUCCCUGGCUUGUAACUUAUUAGGCCUCUUACCCUAAUCAACCUAUUUAAAUUUCAUCAUAUUCCGUUCAUAAAAGCCAACCGAUGCAAGGCCACACACAUUGAAGUGGUCACUUGCCUGUGAAUUUCCUGUGACAGUCAUUCAUUCCUUCUCUUUCCAUCAUAGGUCGUAACAACAGUAGUAGGUUUCAGUUUUGGUGACUUUUCCCUCCUGCAAUCGUGUGGCAACAGCUGUGAGCGGCUAUGGAUCGAAGAAGAGGAUCUGAAGAUAGCGUUCACCAUGGGCAUCAACAAGGGCUCUCUUGUGGAUGAACAUGUAUGCUUCUGAGAGGAAACUCCAGAAGCUAGCACUGAUGUAAUUCUCGAGGGUGUCCUUGAUCGGCAGGCACAACUUUUAUAGACCUAGGCCUAGGCAGGCACAUCUGCUAUAGACGUAGCCCUAGGCAGGCACAUCUGCUAUAGACCUAGGCCUAGGCAGGCACAUCAGAUUCUGCAAUAGACCUAGGCCUAGGCAGGCACAUCAGAUUCUGCUAUAGACCUAGGCAGAAAGGAGAAUUCUCGAUCAUUGGGGUUUUCAUACUUGGUUAGAGGUUUUCAACUAUAACGCCGCAAUCUCCUUUGCCAUGGUGGCGACAAUCCCCCGUAGCACUUGCUGAUGUCUCCAAAGCGUUGGCUCAUGGAAUCACGGUAUGGAAUUACGUAACAAUAACGGAGAGGCCCGAAACAUUUUUACUGAGUCUGGGGAUGCAGUUGGCUUUUCACUGUGGUCGACUUGUUUCGUCUAGAAAAAAAUGUAGAAUGCGUCCUCUACUCGGUAGUUCAGUAGCAGGCUUGUUUGGUCGCUUUCUUCGUCGCUCGAGGGGCUGCCGUGGUAACAACCACCACUUGUGUUUCAAUUUCUUCAGGUCACUGUUUCAUAGCUUUUUAUGAGGUUGCACGGGGAGCCAGCUGAGAGUGCUUGUUAUAUCAAAUUUGGCACCAUGGAUUUUGUCAGAAAUGUUUGAUUUUCUGUUUGAUACUCUGACUGACUGUGGUUAUGUUUAAUUGAGGUCACUUUUGCCAGUAGUUUAGUUUAUAACUUCAUCGUUUAUUCAAUCUCAUAUAUGUCUGAGGAUCCACUGAGUAAGUGGACUUCUUUUGUGGGAAAGAGAGAGAGGUCACCCUUACGGUAUUGCACAAGGCAGAAGGUUGUGCUCACUUAUGCUUCUACAACUCGAAGCUGGUUUGCAGUCGGUUUUUAGGAUUUCAUGCGCAUGCAGAGCCCAUUCUCCCAAUCUGCCCAAACCUUCCUUUUUUUCUUUUCUUUUCUUUUUCUCUUAACAGGAAAGCCAGGCCAGCGUCACUAGGGAAGGUGAUAUGAGCAGCCUCCCCUAGUGUGCUAUCCGGUUGCUCCAACCUAUUGGUGGGGACACUGGGGAGCCACACCUGCUGGAAAACGGGUCCAGCAUCCCUUCCGAACCAUUGAUAAACAGCAGAAGGACUG